GAAAACAUCGUUUUUCUUGAGGCUUCCUUGUCUCCUGGCAUCAAUCUACGGCGGCUCACAGUGUCCACACACGAAAUUAGCUUCUGUAACUAUGUUGGAUUAGUGAAGUGCUUCAUCAACAUUCUUGAUGAAUGGGCGUGGACAUUGUACGAAUUAAAGGAUAACGUUGUCACGAUAACCUCUGAUCAAUGCACACACCUACGGGAACUUGAUAAAUGUAUCAAGGAUGAUCUCGACGAACAGCAUCAAUGUUCGCAUCGAGAAGUGAUCGAAGUUUCGAAUACCGUAUCCGACUUAUUGACUCAUCGUAAAGAUUCUGGAUCAUUCUUGAAGAGCUACUAUCUUCUCACCUAUGCGUGUUCUGCCGAAGGACAAGAAAUCCUUACCAAGCAUAGAGAUUGCCUUAAAUCGGAAAAAAUCGGCGAGAUGACAUUGUCAGCUGGAACUUACCUAAGUGAAAAAUUCCUCGAACAUGACGAUGAUGAAGAAUUGAACCUGAAACUCCAAGAAUACAUUCGAGCAAUGAGUAAUCUGUGCAGUAAACAUGAAGCUGCUCAGCUUAUGUGUAAAUCCCUCACCAACAUGUUUAAAGUGAGUUCUUUCUUUUCUAUCCUUUCAUACUGUUUAUUACUUUUCAGUAAACAAAGUUUUUCCUUUUCCUUUUCCGGGAUUUUCCUGAUUUCCAUUACGGCGACCUUAUUCAACCUUGCCGACCUUAGAAGACCGUUUGAUCUGCGUUCGCUGUAG